CUAGUACUUCGGCAAAAAUCCUCGGAUCUGCUGCUCCUUCGCGUCGCACUGCCUCGGCUACCAGCUUCUUCGUCUGCCUUCUCACUCGGAAUCGUGCUCGGGCCUUUUUAACUUUGGCUGUCACCAUCCUCAUCCCAUCUAACUGAUGUUGGGCAAAAAUUCUAUUGCGCGCCUCCAGAUAUGCCGCAUCUUUUCCUCGUACGGACCGCUCCGCUGUCAUCCUGGUGGGCACCUGUGUCGAGCGCGAUUCGCCCACUUGCUCCGCACUCCGACGGCCGUUUCCCGUGCAAUCGGGACAUGUUGGACUAUAGGUGUCGGGCCUGCCACACCUAUAACAGAAGACGCGCCUUUCCGGUGACAUGCAGUCGCGGAAACUAUGGCCGGCUUGUCUGCAGUUCCAGCAAACUAACGCCUGUUGCGGACGCCUUGCCAAACGCGCCUCUUCAACUACGCCGAAAUCCGCCGACUCCUCGCCGUUAGUGUCGUCGACCAACUCCUCCACUGCCGGUGGACGGUUUCCGCCACUAAAACGUGUGCCGCUGCGUGUUGGGAACACGCCUUCUCGCCGCUGGACCAUAGCUUCCACCUCUACGCAUUCGUCACAUGGUGCUGUGUGGAGACGCGACGCCAGUUUCCUCAUGGCAUGGAAGUACUCCUCAACGCUUUCGCUUGCCUUCUGCCGUCUUUCGCGCAAUUGACGCAUGCGCUCGAAUUCAUCGGCGGCGCCUUUAAAACGGGACAGCAUGCUUCGUUUUAGUUCUGGCCAGCUGUCUGCCCGGUGGUCCCUGACGUACUGCCAGUACCACUCGCGAGCGUGCCCAGUUACUAACAGAUGGAAACUGUUUAAUACUUCGGACCAUG